CACAUUCAAUAUUUCACCUCAAUCUUCCAUUAUAAACUCACGUCUCUUUCCCCCAAUUCCUCCAUCGCCGCACACCAACCCUUUCUUCCACUUCUCUGUUCAACCUCUUUCCCAAGUGGGCACCUACAAUGGCUUUGACCAUUACAACCACCAACCUCUUGGUCGUGGUCGUUUUGAUACUACUCGCGUUUUCCCAAGUGGGUCUCGCUCAGUUCUUCAACGGCACCGUCGGCGGCGGCGAGGGAGGCGAUGGAGACGCCGGGGAAGUAUCCGCCGGCGGAGGGAGCAGUAGUACUAGUGCACCGACGAAGGAAGCAUUGGUCCCGGCAUUGUUCAUAUUCGGCGACUCGCUGAUCGACAACGGCAACAACAACAACCUGGCUUCUCUCGCCAAGGCCAACUACCUGCCGUACGGCAUCGACUUCAACGGCGGCCCCACCGGCCGGUUUUCCAACGGCUACACCAUGGUCGACGAGAUCGCUGAACAGCUGGGGCUUCCGUUGAUUCCGCCGUACACAGAGGCGAACAACGGCGGCGACGUGACCCGGGGCGUCAACUACGCCUCCGCCGCCGCCGGGAUCCUCGACGACACCGGCAGAAACUUCGUGGGUCGGAUCCCAUUCGACCAACAAAUCGAAAACUUCCAGAACACGCUGGACCAGCUGACCAGCAAGGUCGGCGCCGUCGACGCCGCGCAGGGUGUCGGCCGGAGCAUAUUCUUCGUCGGAAUGGGCAGCAACGACUACUUGAACAAUUAUCUCAUGCCCAAUUACCCGACCCGCGGCCAGUACAACGGCCAGCAGUAUGCUGAUCUCUUGGUCCAGCAGUAUACCCGCCAGCUCAAUACGCUGUACAAUCUGGGAGCAAGGAAGUUUGUGAUAGCUGGGCUGGGAGUGAUGGGCUGCAUCCCGAGCAUCCUGGCCCAAAGCCCAGCUGGGCUCUGCUCCGAGGAAGUCAACAAGCUGGUCACUCCCUUCAACCAGAACGUGAAGGCCAUGAUCAACAACUUCAACGCCAAUCUCCCCGGCGCCAGGUUCACUUACAUCGACAUUGCCAAGAUGUUCCGCGAGGUCCUCACCAACUCUGAACGAUACGGGUUUAGCGUGGUGAACAGAGGGUGCUGCGGGAUAGGGAGAAAUGCAGGGCAGAUAACGUGCUUGCCGUUCCAGACGCCAUGCGACGAACGAGGGCAAUACAUAUUCUGGGAUGCGUUUCAUCCGACGGAGGCUGUGAAUGUGCUGAUGGGGAGGAAGGCUUUCAAUGGCGACACCACUUACGUCUAUCCUAUCAACAUCGAGCAGCUUGCCCGCAUCGGAUGAGCAGUUCCGAAAAACAAUGAAGCUUGGUCAUGAAUAUGAAGUUUGGUUACAAUCAAGUAGUGUUUCUUUGUUUCUGUUCCCAUCCUCCCAGAACUAUAGUUUAAGCAAUGUGAUGAAAGGCUUCUUUUGUUGUUGUUGUUGGAUCUGGCCAUGGUGUAAAUGAAGAAGCUUGGUUGCUUGUUACUGUUUAUUGAUACUUGUUCAACCUGUCUUCUGGGGGGUUCUGAAUGGGGAGGGUUAGAAAGAAGGGUGGCUAACCAGUUUCGACUUUCCGGUUAUUCGAUAAUUAUAAGCACCUAAACAUUGCCAUUGCUACUCAUUGACUGGAUUAAGAACAAGCUCACAACAAUUGCCAUCUUUCAAAAGGGAUCACAGUGGAUGGUCAACUGCAAUACUGUCAAGUGCAAUGAUGACAGUGUACUAUAAAGAUCAAAACUUGUUGGUGUACACUGGUUUCCAUGUCCGGUUUUCUGCUUCUGAGAAUCUAAUCUCAGUCGAGGAAACCACGACGCACCAUGUGGGCUUAUUACAUCCCUCUCAUGGGUCAUUUUUCAGGCUGAAAGGCGAUGAAAUGCAAAUGAUAACCGCACAGGUUCAACUCUCUGGGCUACAGAUGAAUCAUCGUUAGUGCAUACCUGGGCGAACCCCCCUGUGAUGCUUUAGAGAUAAUUGGAAAGCAUUCAUCAGUCGUAUGUGUCCGUUAGUUCACACACUCGAUGCCAGUCAAAGGA